AGCCAGCAAGGAUGGACAGCAAGAAGUGGCCAAUGGAGUUUUGGGAUUGUUAGGGGCGGUGCAUCCGGUGUUUGUGGCGGUUCUGGUUUCUCUCUGGCUGGAAGCAAGGAGCUGUGCGGCUGAUUGAUAGGCGGGACUGGAGACGGAGGAAUGUCCAGUGCUCAUGAAACUGGAACAGCGGUGUGCGCCAGGGAGACGUGGUUAAUCCUGCUGGGUGAUCCAUAGACAACGCAUAAGGGAACCAAAGAAAUGUUUCUGCAAUUACUGAAACAUGUUUGUUGACUUAAACCAAAAAGUGUUUGUUGAUAUUUAAGUUUGCACAUCAAGUGCUAAAGAAUGCUGGAUACAUGAUGAGUUGAUUUAACUUCCUCCACGACUGGAGUUGGGUUGACUACAUUAUGAUUGGUUCUUCCUCCUGCAUUUACAAAGUACUCGUUUUGGCCGCUAUAUCUUUUUUGAUUCCAGACGAUGCAAAUGCUUUCAGAGGAAACGAAGCAUUGUAUGGAAGAAUAGGAACAGAUAUUACCUUGAUGUGCAAUGCUGCAAAUGACAGGAUUAUUCAAUGGAAAGUUAAUGGGACCCUAGUGGCCCAAACAAACAAUACUAAAGUACAAAAUGGAAACCUUGUGCUGUUGAUGGCAAGCUUGCCUGUGGAAGGAAACUAUAGUUGUCACGACGAUGCUGGAGAAAUGUUGCAAUGGACUCUGUUAAAACUUGGAUAUCCUCCAAGUAAACCAUUAGUGCACUGCAAGGCUCUAAAUUUUUCUAGAAUUUAUUGUUCUUGGGAAAAGAAUCAUGAGGAAUCCCUUCCCACCAGCUACAUUGCAACCUAUAGGGAUCCAAGCAGCAAAGUUUGGAAUUGCACUACACAGUUACCUAGUAGUGUUUGUCAAAUAGACAACCCUCAAAUAUUUUCGCAACUGCCGUAUGUAAUGAAUGUAACAGCUGUCAAUCCAGUUGGCCACAGAACUACGCUGUUAGAAAUUGUAACACUGGACAUUGUUCAGCCUGAUCCACCUACAAAUGUAAAAGCUGAGCCUGUUUUUGGAUCUCCUAGAAGAAUAAAAGUUCAUUGGAAUUAUCCAUUAUCAUGGAGCUCGCGUUUUGAAUUAAAAUUUAUCCUGGAAUACAAACUUAAGCAGAAUAACUUCUGGUCUCGGAUAGAGACAAACAAGAAAGAAGAGACUAUUACUGAUGCCAUUGCUGCACAACUGUAUGUGAUUCGUGUUAAAGCAAAAGAUUUUUUUGAUUCUGGGAAUUGGAGUGACUGGAGUUCUGAAGUACUUGUCACUACAUGGAGUGAGACUACUUCAGAAAGUAUCCAAACUACUGUUGCUACAUUAACGGUGGACUAUGUGGACACUUGCAAUCAACAAACAGAGUCCACCUCUGCUCCAACUUCAAUAUUUCCAAGUUCUGAUGUGCUGGAUAAGGAUUUUAUCAUAUUGAUCUCGAUUGCCAUCUUGGUUGGACUACUCACAAUGACGGUUGCAUUUGUCCUAUGGGUCAGAAAGAAAAAGCAAGAACCACAUAAGGCUGACAUUCUGAUGAAGGCAUUGCCUUAUUGUUAAUGCUCAGCUCCAUCUUCACCUGAGAUGUACAACAAUCAAACUGACAGGGAUUCCAGCUGCAAUAUUCCAUGAAGAAUUUUCAGCUAAUAAAAAAACACACAAAAAAUAGGCCGUUGGCCUUUAAACUGAAGAAAAUGCCCAGAUGUUUCCAACCAGUUAUGUUGAAUUGGUUAAUCUUCUAAUCAACAUGUGCCGAUGCAAAGUCCUUACAAAACUGUUUAGUGGAGUGGAAGCUGAUUUGUUUUGAUUGUGGUUGUCGAAUUUCCUGGAUGUCCUUCAAUAUUCAGUUUCACUUUUUUUCCAAAAUUUGGCUAUGUUGUCAUAGCCUAGCGUCACAACUUGCUUGAUGCAGUUUGGUUUCUGCCAUUAAGUUUGGUUUUUGAAAAGCAGAGUUUAAAUAUGAAGAACCCAACAUGCUCCAUUUUAACCAAAAAGACAAUAUCUGAAGGACUUGCAAAGGACGGCUUUUGGAAAGAAUGUGACAAGCCAUCGGGUAUGCGUCAAAUGUCGUAAGAUGACAGUCUACAGAAAAUAUAACCACUCUCAAAUUUUAACUGCCUCAGUAACAUGCAACCACAAGAUAACUUGUAAGAUUAUACAGCAGCAAGCUGGAGCUAAGUGCUGAGGACCUGGUGAUUAUUACAUGUAGACAUCUGAGCCUGUUUUGGUCUUUGCUUAUUUUAAAGCAAUUGACCAUUGAGUAUGGAAUCUCAUCUGCAAAUUAUUUUCUGUGACUUUUUGAUAGAAGUGAUUGCUAAUGAGGAAAGCUCUAUCUUUGACCUUAAAGCACAGGUGUUGGUGUACAUAGGAGGGAAAGCACAUGGUGCUGAUUGUGUACACCACUGGUUUUCAUGUGUUGCAGCUUUGUCUCUGUAGAGCACAAAUCAUACAAAAAAAAAUUGUCCCCUUACAGAGAAGGUGGGCAGUUAUUUUAAUUACUUUUUGCACAAAUUGUGUUAGAAAUCAAACACCUUUUAGGUAAAAGGCACACAUAUUGUAAGGAUAGCUUAUUGAUUCUAAUGGUGAGCUUUUUAUGUUCACAAUUGAAACGUUUUACUUGCUUGUGGCUGCUUCUCUUCAGUUGAAAGAAUAGCUUGCCAAACUAUAAUGAUGCUUAUUAAGAAUUGAUUUAAAAUGUCUACUGAAUGGAGACCUUUCCAGGUUGGUUCUGAUUCUGUUAAAAUGGAAACUUCUUUCACUCCCAUAGAAGUGUGCACACUAUAUUCAGGCUGUAGAAAGUUUGAGCAAAAUACUUUCUUGGAAAAAUUUGUUUUUAUUCUUUGAUAUUGUUGAUGUAUUGAACUCUGCAUUGUCAUGUAGGUUGAAAUGUAGAAUGAAAAUGUGAAUUUAAAAAUUGCCUAGGGCACCACUGAUAUUUAAAUCCACCAAAGUGAGUGUACUUUAAAGAGAUGCAAAUGUGCUGUCUGAAAAGAAAUCAAGUGUAUCCUUCUCCAAAAUUGCCGGUAUUCCAAAAUAUCAACUAUUUCAUGUCUUUUAUGUCUGACUUAUUGUUGACUUAAAAGCUUUUCAAUAUUUUGAUAUUUAUGGUUUUUAAUUUGGUAUCUAGAAACUUCUACUGAAGGUUUGAAUGAAAUUGAAACUGGGAUUUUAAAUUUUUAUGGCAUUGACUCAAUAUACAACUUGCAUUUAUGUGGAAUCUUUGAAGCAAACUGCAUAACAGGCAUAAACAAAAAAUGACUGCAAGACACAAUUAAGCGGCAGGUCAGAUAUUCAAAACCUUAGUCUAGAAGGUGGAUUUUGAGGAGUGUCACAAGAAGAAAUGGAAAUAGUGGAAAUUUAAGAACUUGGGACCUUGGCAUUUGAAGCGAUGGCUGCCAGUGGUGGAGAGAGUAUUUGAUCUUGAGUUUGUGAGGAAGUAGAGCAAGGGAAGCCAGAUGUGCAUUGGAGUAGUCAAGAGGUAUCAAAGGUAUGGAUCAUGGGGACCAAAAUAGUGGUUUCAGUCUUCCCAGUAUUUAAUAGAAGGAACUUCUGCUGAUCCAACACACCGUCAGAAAGACGGUCUGAAAAUUUAGGGACAGUGAAUCAGCCAAGAGAUGCAAUGUUUUCAGAAGGAAGCAGCACAAUGCACUUUGCAUCAGUUGUCAAUCACUUAUUAGCACUCGGGUGAAAACGAUGAAGAAGCAGUUGUUGAGCAGUUGGUAUAAGGAGAAAAGACACUUGUCUACGUGUUGCCUAAGAUUUACAACUACUCCUUCCAUUGUGAAGCAACUGAUGCAUCUUGGAUGGGAGAAUGUAAUUUAAAUUGAUCAACAUCUGUCAACUAUUGGGACUGUAGAUUUGGUUGAAUUAACUGCAGGGUUUUAACUGUAAAGGGAGCCUCUUUGAAACUUGUACUAACCAAUCGAUCAGCUUGCUUCUGCCAGAAGAGUCACAUGAAUGGUGAGGUUUAAAACCGUGUUAGCAGCAAGGACUAAAUUGCUAAAAUCUUUAUGCCACAUGAAGGUAAUAAUUGUCAUUCACUUUGAACAGAGAAGGGGCUACUUGAGCAAUUGUGCUUUGACUGGUUUUCUGGGAGAAUUGUCCACAAUCCUCUUUGUCCUUUUCUGUAAUUUUAGAUGGCAUCAUUGAAGAGGUUUUAUUGUUGAACAUUCGCCUGUAUUUUUUUUAAAAAUAGCAGAAACCCAGGAUAAGGUCACUGCUUUUGAAGAUGUGAAAGCUGAAGUGAUGGUGAUUUGAACAGGUAUUUGAUACAUGUUUUGAUAUUUUUAAAAAAGUAUAGUUGUGGCAUUUGAGAGAAUUAGUACUGGAUAUAGUUGAUAAUGCUGUAGACUUUGGGGGGGGGAGGGGGGAGGAGGACCAGUAGUUUUGAAAAAUUGUGCUGCAGCAUUGUAUUGUUGUGAUUGAUCAGCAAUACAAUUAAGCAGAUGCUUCAGCUGGAGCUGUAUAAAACUGGGUCAUAUUUGGAGUACUGUGCAGUUCUAGUCAAUGCAACACUGGAAGGAUGUGGAGUCUCUAGAGGGUGUAGAAGAGGUUCACCAGGAUUUUGCCUGGUUUAGAGUAUUAGCUAUAAGGAGAGGUUGGACAAACUUGGAUUUGUUUUUUCUGGACCAUUAGAGACUGAUAGAAGUUUGUAAAAUUGAGAGACAUAAACAGGGUAAAUAGUCUUUUUCCCAGAGUGGAAAUGUCAAAUACUAGAGGGCAUAGGUUUAAGGUGAGAGGGGAAGUUUAAAGUAGACUGACGAGGUAAAUUUUUUUACACGGAGAGUGAUAGGUGCCUGUGACAUGCUGCCAGCAGGAAUGGUGGAAGCUGGCAUGAUAACAACAUUUAAGAGGCAUUUAGACGUGAACAGGCAGGGAAUGGAGGAAUAUGAACCAAGUAGGCAAAUGUGCAGUUUAAAUUGACAUCAUGGGCUGAAGAGCACAGGAACAUUGCAAAGGAACAGACAAUGCAUGAUGCAUUUUGCUCCAUGCUUGAUGCAUCAGUUACCAGUAUUCUGGUAAAUGUAGAUACCUCCUCCAAUUAUUUGGCUUUGCUUAACUGGAAGUUCUAAAUUUGGAUGCAGGUCCUGAAACAUGAAAGGGCAGUUGUAAUUGUUUCCCAGCCCAGCCUGUGCCCAGGCUGCAGUGCAGUCCAGAACAGAUUCCUUUUAUGCUUCAAUGCUGUUAGCUUCUGGUGUUCUCUAACAGCCCUUCUCUCCAUCCUUGUUUCAUUAUUGGCACCAGAAACACACCAUGAAUGACUGCUUUACGCUUGUUAACCAUGAGACUGGUCUUGCUAUGAAAUGUUAUAUAAAAAAUACUACCCUUGAUAUAAUGAAGUAUGUUGUGAAUCUCAGACAAAAUUCACAAAAUAACUUGUUCAAUAGCAUAAAGAUAUUUUAAAAAAACAGAUCCCCUAAGAAUAAAAUAACUUCAAAUAUCUAUAGACUCUAUUCCUAAUUUUAAAUAAGGAUUGGUAGCUUUUAAUCAUCUAUGGACAUUCAUAAACCUCUCCUGUCUGAGCCAGGAUCUUGUAUCUGAAUUGUAUCCAAUAUUUCAAAAUUCAGUCAUUGCCUUGAUUUCUAAUAUGAAAGAUAUUGUCAUGCCUGAUGUUCACCUCGUAUGGGGGGGGGGGGGGGGGCGACAGGGGGGAGGGAACCUGUUAAGAGUAUCCUGGAGUGCUAAAAAUCAGCUUUUAUAAAAUCACCAUAAAGUUUGAGUGGAAAAAAAGUUAAUGCCAAUAGAAAGGCAACUGCAGCAAUUUUACUUCACACCACCUUCCCCCCUGCCCCAAGCCCUCCCUACAUUUUCCUAGUUUAAUAUUUUUGCUAGGACCCUGGUCCUACCUCACUGGAAUGAGCUGGUUUCAGUAGUCAGCUUACAAUGUGUGAAGUGGUAUCUCUUGUUCCUGCACCACUGAUUCAGCCACAUGUUUACCUUCCUGAUCUGUUUAGCCCCAAUGUCAAGUUACACAUCGGUUUAGGAAAUGAUCUAGACAUUUGACAUCCUGUUCUUUAAUCUUGGUAAUCUGCUCCUGGUAUUCUUCAAGCAGGACCUCUUUCCCACUCUUAACUAUAUUGUUGGCCCCAACAUGAAGCCCAAGGACUGUCCUCUCUCUCUCUCUCUCCUGAAUAUUUUAAUUGUUAUUGCCUGUUGCUGCCCAAUAUUCAGAAUUACGAAAGGUUGCUACUUGGUUGCUUUUACAUGGAUCUAUACCUCUCCACCUUUUUCUUUAUAAUGCAGGGAUUUCAUUAUUGAAAAGUUGUUACUGAAAGGGAAUAAUUUGGGUAAAAAUAUACAAAUGUAAAUACUUAAGCCUGGGCUUUCCACGCUACACAUUUUUUCCUGGAACCAAUCACCCAAAGUAGUUGUAGCUUGCACAAAAGAUCCUGGAGCAUUCAGUGGAAAUCCACUUUCCAUGAUCUUUUGUGCUACAUUUUUAAAAAAAAACAAAAGUGGAUGAAUCCACCCACAAAACUGGCCAUGUUCCUAGUUUGAACAAAUAUUGUUUGGGAGUUUCCACUUAUUUCCCAGACCUUUUGAGGAGGUUUAAAUAAAUAAAUUGACUCCUGCACAUAAGGGUACUGAUAAGGAUAGUUGAAAAGAUUUAGACUUGUUUACAUGUGAACUGAUUUACUGUUUCCUACAUAAUUGCAUAUUUUGAUUUCUCAAUUUAAAAUCGUUAUUCCCAGUUCAUGGACUGACUGAUUUUUGUGGUAAAUCUAUUUUAAGCUACAGUAAUCAAUAGUUAUUCUACAAUUGUUUUAAACAUUGUAUUAAAAUGUAGUCCAAUUAUACUGAUAUAGGGGAGAUGUGGGAUAUGCAAAUGAACCUGCAUGGAAGCUAGAACACUUCUCAAAGUGAUUGUGAAUCUCCUAUUGUAAAUAUUGCUGAAUCCUGAAGAGUACAAAUUGGAUAAGUUUUAAUUAGAUAGCAAGCUUUUUCCUUCACUAUUUUGAAUUGCCAGCUGAGAAAAGGAAACAAAAUAAGGCAACUUGGAGAAAUUUUCAUCUAAUGUCAUGUGUUGAGGCAUUUUGACUCUGCUUAUGGAUUUUAACAGUUGAAUUUCUUCUUGUGUGGUGAAUGGGUUUUUUGAAGUAUGUAUCAAGGAAAGAAUUUUGGUGGUAUGUGGUAGAAGAGGGUGGAGUUCUUAAACUGAAAUUUUAAUGUUUUCAUGAAACGCUGGUGGAGGAUUCCUGUUUGAUUGUGCUGCAGAUUUAUUGCUGAAUGUUGACAACUUGAUUGUAUGGGUCACUAAUGGAUUACAAGUAGAAGCUACUCACAUAGGUUUAGUGUGUAGACUUGUAUGCUGAAGCAUCUGGCAUUAGCCCUGCAAAUAGGGUAAAUUGUAUGAUCUGAUAUUGAUAACACUGUAAAAGUUCCUCCAUGUAUUAUAUAUUUACUUAAGUGGCACAAGAGCCUUGUUUAGUGUGGACAAUAUUGUACUCGCAAUUUCAGAACCACAUUUAACUGCCAACUGAACUAACUUUUGUAUGGAUCAUUGUUAUUUUUGAUAGUUUGGCAGUUGUCCUAUAUCUGUAAGGGAAAAUCAAAAGAUAAUCUAGUACUGGGGAGCUGAACUAUUUGAGAAAUUGGUACUUAAUAUAGAGAAUAUGAAGUUGUAAUGUUGGAUUUUUCAAAUUAUUUUGUGGAGAAAACAUUUCAUUUUAAUAUCAGUGAGUAAAGCAGAAUUUGAAUUCAUUCAGAAACAUUUCUCUAGCUACCUUCUGAGAGUAUUUAUUGAUUUAUACAAGAAGUAAAUAAACUUGCAGCAUCAAACUGAGUUCUGGAAGUUGUGCCUUUUUAAAAAAAAAACAAAGAACAAUGUCAGUAGAAAAAUAUAUCAAUUCGGCCAUCUAGACUUGUGCAUCAGCUUUUUUCAAUACUUUGUUAUAUCUGUAACAUUUUCAAUAAGCUAUGUUCUGUUAGUUCCAGAAAUCUAUUUUCAAUACGAUAAAUGUGAAUAUCAAUGAAAAAGUGAUGUAUUUUAUUUUAGCAUCUGUUUUGAAGAAAAGCUUUUCACUAAUUUUUCAUUAUAGAAAAUUUGACUGGUUUAAUUGCUUUGCAAUUUUUAAAAUGCCAGAAUAUAUCUUGUUCAUUAAAUACACUAUUUUUAGUCGCAAUGUAAAUUUAAUUUUCUUGUAUCUGUCUUUUCAAAAUAAAAGGUUGUA